AUGUCUAAUAAGAAUAAGGUGAACUCUAUUGAGAAAAAGGUGAACUCUGAUGAGAAAGAGAAAAAGGUCAGGUAUGAUGAGAAAAAGGUCAACUCUGAUGAGAAAAAGGUUAACUCUGAUGAGAAAAAGGUCAGGUCUGAUGAGAAAAAAGUCAGGUAUGAUGAGAAAAAGGUGAACUCUGAUGAGGAAAAGUUCAAGUCUGAUGAGAAAAUGGUGAACUCUGAUGAGAAAAAGGCGAACUCUGAUUUGAAAAAGGUCAAGUCUGAUGAGAAAAAGGUCAGAUCUGAUGAGAAAAAGGUCAGGUCUGAUGAGAAAAAGGUCAAGUCUGAUGAGAAAAGGGUGAACCCUGAUGAGAAAAAGGUCAAGUAUGAUGAGAAAAAGGUCAAGUCUGAUGAGAAAAAGGUCAGGUCUGAUGAGGAAGAGGUCCAGUCUGAUGAGAAAAAGGUGAACUCUGAUGAGAAAAAGGUCAGGACUGAUGAGAAAGAGAAAAAGGUCAGGUAUGAUGAGAAAAAGAUCAAAUCUGAUGAGAAAAAGGUUAACUCUGAUGAGAAAAAGGUCAGGUCUGAUGAGAAAAAGGUCAGAUCUGAUGAGAAAAAGGUCAGGUCUGAUGAGAAAAAGGUUAACUCUGAUGAGAAAAAGGUCAGGUCUGAUGAGAAAAAGGUCAAGUCUGAUGAGGAGAGGUCAUCUGAUGAGAAAAAGGUCAGGUCUGAUGAGAAAAAGGUCAAGUCUGAUGAGAAAAAGGUUAACUCUGAUGAGAAAAAGGUCAGGACUGAUGAGAAAGAGGUCAGGUAUGAUGAGAAAAAGGUUAACUCUGAUGAGAAAAAGGUCAGGUCUGACGAGAAAAAGGUCAGGGUAGUUUAUAAAUAAAUGUAGGCAGAUGAAAAGAUACUUUGUAGUUUAUUUAAAUGUUCUUCAGUAAUUUUGUCUAAGUCCAAAUGACAAUUU